CUGUGCAUCAAAGGACAUAACUUAAAAAACAAAACAAACAAAACAAACAAACAAACAAAAAAAAACAAGUAAAGAGCUAGGUGUGGUACAUACUUGUAAUCCUACCUGACAGGAAAUUGAGACAGGAAGAUUGAAAAUUGUAAGGCCAAGUCUGGGUUACAUAUUGAGACCUUGUUGUGUGUAUAGUGGUGGGGAGGGAACAAGAGAGAGACAAAGUCAAAAUGGAUGAAAAUAAAUGGUGAAUGCAGCAUGUAGAAAGGAGGAAACUGUAAAGCGUACACCUCCAAGAGGGGUUAACACCAAGACAAUAUAACUCCCCAUGCACCAACUACAUAACAGUUAAAAUGGACAAGCAGUUCACAGGACAUUUCUCCGAAGAAAAUGAUGGCAAAAAGCCAAUAAAACAUAAAAAGAUGUUCAGUAUUACUGGAUAUUACAGAAAUUGAUAAAUCACAACCGUAGCCAUAGACUAUUUAGCACCUAUGCAAAUGGCUGUCAUUUAAAAAUAAGAAAAAGUAAAUUAAAAAUUAAAUAAAAAAUUAGUGUUUGUAAUGAUGUGGGGGAAUUAAAUAGCUUACAUUGUUGGUCAGGGUGUCAUGGUUUGGCUAUGUAGAAAUCAGUUUUUUUUCUUUUUUUUUAAUUGGAUAUUUUUUAUUUAUAUUUCAAAUGUUAUCCCCUUUCCCCCACCAAACUACCCACCCCUUCCCACCUCCCCAUCCUGACAUUCCCCUACACUGCAGGAUCCAGACUUGGCAGGACCAAGGGCUUCUCCUCCCUUUGGUGCCCAACAAGGCCAUCCUCUGCUACAUAUGCAGCUAUAGCCAUGGGUCUGUCGAUGUGUACUCUUUGGAUGGUGGUUUAGUGCCUGGGAGCUCUGGUUGGUUGAUAUUGAUAUUCUUAUUGGGUUGCAAGCCUCUUAAGCUCCUUCAAUCCUUUCCUAACUCCUCCAAUGUGGACCCCAUUCUGAGUUCAAUGGUUGGCUGCGAGCAUUUGCCUCUGUAUUUGUCAUGCUCUGGCAGAGCUUCUCAGGAGACAGCUAUGUUAGGCUCCUGUCAGCAUGCACUUCUUGGCCUCAGCAAUAUCAUCUGGGUUUGCUGGCUGUAUAUAUAUGGGCUGGAUCCCCAGGUGGGGCAGGCUCUGAAUGGUCAUUCCUUCAGUCUCUGCUCCAAACUACUUUGUCUCCAUAUCUCCUCCUAUGAACAUUUUUGUUCCUCAUCCUAAGAAGGACUGAAGCAUCCAUACUUGGUCAUCCUUCUUCUUGAGCUUUAUGUGGUCUGUGGAUUGUAUCUUGGGUAAUUCAAGCUUUUGGGCUAAUAUCCACUUAUCAGUGAGUGCAUACCAUGGGUGUUUAUUUGGGAUUGGGUUACCUCACUCAGAAUGAUAUUUUCUAGUUCCAUCUAUUUGCCUAUGAAUUUCAUGAAGUCAUUGUUUUUAAAAGCUGAGUAGUACUCCAUUGUGUAGAUGUACCACAUUUUCUGUAUCCAUUCCUCUAUUGAAGGGCAUCUGGGUUCUUUCCAGCUUCUGGCUAUUAUAAAUAAGGCUGCUAUGAACAUAGUGGAGCACGUGUCUUUGUUGUAUGUUGGAGCAUCCUUUGGGUAUAUGCCCAGGAGUGGGAUAGCUGUUCUCAGGUAGUGGAAUGUCCAGUUUUCUGAGGAACCUCCAGACUGAUUUCCAGAGUGGUUGUACCAGUCUGCAAUCCCACCAACAGUGGAGGAGUGUUCCUCUUUCUCCACAUCCUCCCCAGCAUCUGUUGUCACCUGAGUUUUUGAUCUUAGCCAUUCUGACUGGAGUGAGGUGGAAUCUCAGGGUUGUUUUGAUCUGCAUUUCCCUGAUGACUAAGGAUGUUGAACAUUUCUUUAGGUACUUCUCAGCCAUUCGACAUUUCUCAGCUGAGAAUUCUUCGUUAAUCUCUGUACCCCAUUUUUAAAUAGGGUUAUUUGAUUCUCUGGAUUCUAAUUUCUUGAGUUCUUUGUAUAUAUUAGAUAUUAGCCCUCUAUCAGAUGUAGGAUAGGUAAAGAUCUUUUUCCAAUCUGAUGGUUACCCUUUUGUCCUAUUGACAGUGUCCUUUGCUUUACAGAAGCUUUGCAAUUUUAUGAGGUCCCAUUUGUUGAUUCUUGAUCUUUGGUGUUCUGUUUAGGAAAAUUUCCCCAGUGCCCAUGUGUUCCAGGCUCUUCCCCACUUUUUCUUAGAUUAGUUUGAGUGUAUUUGGUUUUAUGUGGAGAUCCUUGAUCCACUUGGACUUGAGCUUUGUACACAGUGAAAGGAAUGGAUCAAUUUGCAUUCCUCUAUAUGCUGACCUCCAGUUAAACCAGCACCAUUUGUUGAAAAUGUUGUCUUUUUUCCACAGUUGGUUUUAGCUCCUUUGUCAAAGAUCAAGUGACCAUAGGUGUGUGGGUUCAUUUCUGGGUGUUCAAUUCUUUUCCAUUGAUCCACCUGCCUGUCUCUAUACCAAUAUCAUACAGUUUUUAUCACUAUUGCUCUGUAAUACAGCUUGAGGUCAGGGAUGGUGAUUCCUCCAGAAGUUCUUUUACUGUUGUGGAUAGUUUUCACUAUCCUGGGUUUUUUGUUUUUCCAAAUGAAUUUGCAAAUUGUUCUUUCUAACUCUAUGAAGAAUUGAGUUAAUCCUGCCAAUCCAUGAGCAUGGGAGAUCUUUCCAUAUUCUGAGAUCUUCAAUUUCUUUCUUCAGAGAUUUGAAGUUCUUAUCAUACAGAUCUUUCACUUGCUUGAUUAGAGUCACACCGAGGUAUUUGGGACUAUUGUGAAGGGUAUCAUUUCCCUCAUCAUGUUUAUCCUUUGAGUAGAGGGAGGUUACUGAUUUGUUUGAAUUAAUUUUAUAUUCAGCCACCGUUGUUGUUUAUCAGGCUUAGUAAUUCUCUUGUGGAACUUUUGGGGUCACUUAAGUUCACUAUCAUAUCAUCUGCAAAUAGUGAUAUUUUGACUUCUUCCUUUCCAAUUUGUAUCCCUUUGACCUCUUUUUUUUUUUUUUUUUUUUUUUUUUUGUUUGUUUGUUUGAUUGAUUGCUCUGGCUAGGACUUUGAGUGCUAUAUAGAAUAGGUAGGGAGAGAGUGGGCAGCCUUGUCUUUUCCCGUAUUUUAGUGGGAUUGCUUAAAAUUUCUCUCCAUUUAGUUUGAUGUUGGCUACUGGUUUGCUCUAUAUUGCUUUUACCAUGUUUAGGUAUGGGCCUUGAAUUCCUGAUCGUUCCAAGACUCUUAUCAUGAAGGGGUGUUGAAUUUUGUCAAAUGCUUUCUCAGCAUCCAAUGAGAUGAUCACAUGUUUUUUUUUCUUUGAGUUUGUUUAUAUUGUGGAUUACAUUGAUGGAUUUCCAUAUAUUGAACCAUCCUGCAUUCCUGGGAUGAAGCCUACUUGAUCAUGAUGGAUGAUCGUUUUGAUGUGUUUUUGGAUUCAGUUUGCGAGAAUUUUAUUGAGUAUUUUUACAUCGUUGUUCAUAAGGGAAAUUGGUCUAAAGUUCUCUUUCUUUGUUGUUUUUGUGUGGUAUAGGUAUAAGUGUAAUUGUGGCUUCAUAGAAGGAAUUGGGUAAUGUUCCUUCUGUUUCAAUUUUGUGGAAUAGUUUGUUCAGUAUUAAUAAUAGGUCUUCUAUGAAGUUGUGAUAGAAUUCUGCACUAACCCCAUCUGGUCCUUUUGUUUGUUUCUUUUUUCCUUUUCUUUUUUUUUUUUCCGGAGCUGGGGACCGAACCCAGGGCCUUGUGCUUGCUAGGCAAGCGCUCUACCACUGAGCUAAAUCCCCAACCCCUGGUUGGGAGACUUAAUAACUGCUUCUAUUUCAUUGGGAGUUGUGGAGCUGUUUAGAUGGUUUAUUUUAUCCUGACUUAACUUUGGUACCUGGUAUCUAUCCAUUUCAUCCAGAUUUUCCAGUUUUAUUGAAUAUAGGCUUUUGUAGUAGGAUCUGAUGUUUUUUGAAUUUCUUCAGAUUCUGUUGUUAUUCUGUUAUUCUUUUCAUUUCUGAUUUUGUUAAUUUGGAUACUCUCUAUGUGCCCUCUGGUUAGUCUGGCUAAGGGCUUAUCUAUCUUGUUGAUUUUUCUCAAAGAACCAGCUCCUGGUUGUGUUGAUUCUUUGUAUAGUUCUUUUUGUUUCUACUUGGUUGAUUUCAGCCCUGAGUUUGAUUAUUUCCUGUCUUCUACUCCUCUUGGGUGUAUUUGCUUCUUUUUGUUCUAGAGCUUUUAGGUAUGCUAUCAAACUGCUAUGGUAUGCUCUCUCCUGUUUCUUAUUGGAGGCCCUCAGAGCUAUGAGUUUUCUUCUUAGCAUUGCUUUCAUUGUGUACCAUAAGUUUGGGUAUGUUGUGCCUUCAUUUCCAUCAAAUUCUAAAAAAUCUUUAGUUUCUUUAUUUUUUCCUUGACCAAGUUAUCAUUGAGUAGAGCAUUGUUCAACUUCAAUGUGGGCUUUCUGUUGUUUUUGUUGUUAUUGAAGACCAGCCUUAGUCCGUGGUGAUCUGAUAGAAUGCAUGGGAUUAUUUCAAUCUUCUUGUAUCUGUUGAGGCCUGUUUUGUGACUGAUUAUAUGGUCAAUUUUGAAGAAGAUACCAUGAGAUGCUGAGAAGAAGGUGUAUCCUUUUGUUUUAGGAUGAAAAAUUCUAUAGAUAUCCAUUAAAUCCAUUUGGUUCAUAACUUAUGUUAAUUUCUCUGUGUUUCUGUUCAGUUUCUGUUUCCAUGAUCUGUCCAUUGGUGAGAUUAGGGUAUUGAAAUCUCCCACUACCAUUGUGUGAGGUGCAAUGUGUGCUUUGAGCUUUAGAAGGUUUUUUUUUAUGAAUAUAAGUGCCCUUGCAUUUGGAGCAUAGAUACUCAGGAUUGAGAGUUCAUCUUGGUGGAUUUUUCCUUUGAUGAAUAUGAAGUAUCCUUCCUUAUGUUUUUUGAUAACUUUUGGUUGAAAAUUAUUUUUAUUCAAUAUUAGAAUGGCUACCCCAGCUUGUUUCUUGGGAUCAUUUGCUUGGAAAAUUAUUUUUCAGCCUUUUUUUUUAAAAAGAUUUAUUCAUUUUAUUAUAUAUAUAAGUACACUGUAGCUGUCUUCAGAUACACCAGAAGAGGGCAUUGGAUCUCUUUAUAGAUGGUUGUGAGCCACCAUGUGGUUGCUGGGAAUUGAACUCAGGACCUCUGGAAGAGCAGUCGGAUGCUCUUAACCGCUGAGCCAUCUCUCCAGCCCCAUUUUUCAGCCUUUUACUGUGAGAUAAUAUCUGUCUUUGUCACUCAGGUGUGUGUCCUGUAUGUAGCAAAAUGCUAGGUCCUCUUUUCAUAUCCAGUCUGUUACUCUAUGUCUUUUUAUUGGGGAAUUGAGUCCACUGGUGUUAAGAUAUAUUAAGGAAUAGUAAUUGUUGUUUCCUAUUAUUUUUCUUGUUAGAUGUGGAAUUAUGUUUGUGUGGCUCUCUUCUUUUGGUUUUGUUGUAAGAAGAUUAGUUUCUUGCUUUUUCUAGUAUGUAGUUUCCUUCCUUGUGUUGGAGUUUUCCAUUUAUUAUCCUUUCUAGGGCUGGAAUUGUGGAAAGAUAUUGUGUAAAUUUGGUUUUGUCAUGGAAUAUUUUGGUUUCUCCAUCUAUGUUAAUUGAGAGUUUUGCUGGAUACAGUAGCCUGAGCUGGCAUUUGUGUUCUCUUAGGGUCUGUAUGAUAUCUAUCUAGGAUCUUCUGGCUUUCAUAGUCUCUGGUGAGAAGUCUGGUGUGAUUCUGAUAGGUCUGCCUUUAUAUGUUACUUGACCUUUUUUCCUUACUGUUUUUAACAUUCUUUCUUUGCUUUGUGCAUUUGGUGUUUUGACUAUCAUAUGACGGAAGGAGUUUCUUUCCUGGUCCAAUCUAUUUGGAGUUCUGUAGGCUUCUUUUAUGCUUAUGGGCAUCUCUUUCUUUAGGUUAGGAAAGUUUUCUUCUAUGAUUUUGUUAAAGAUAUUUACUGGCCCUUUCAGUUGGGAAUCUUCACUCUUUUCUAUACCUAUUAUCCUUAGGUUUGGUCUUCUCAUUGAGUCCUGGAUUUCCUGGAUGUUUUGGGUUAGGAGCUUUUUGCAUUUUUCUUUGACAGUUGUGUCAAUGUUUUCUAUGGAUCUUCUGCCCCUGAGAUUCUCUCUUCUAUCUCUUGUAUUCUGUUGGUGAUGCUUGUGUCUAUGACUCCUGAUCUCUUUCCUAGGUUUUCUAUCUCCAGGGUUGUCUUCCUUUGUAAUUUCUUUAUUGUUUCUAUUUCCAUUUUUAGAUCAUGGAUUGUUUUGUUCAAUUCCUUCACCUGUUUUGUUGUGUUUUCCUGUAAUUCUUUCAGGGAUUUUUGUAUUUCCUCUUUAAGGGCUUUUACUGGUUUACCUGUGUUGUCCUGUAUUUCUUUAUGGGAGUUAUUUAUGUCCUUCUUAAAGUCCUCUAUCAUCAUCAUGAGAUGUGAUUUUAAAUCCAAAUCUUGCUUUUUCUAGUGUGUUUGGAUAUCCUGUAUUUGCUUUGGUGUGAGAACUGGGCUCAGAUGAUUCCCAGUAGUCUUUGUUUCUCUUGCUUAGGUUCCUUUGCUUGUCUCUCGCCAUCUGGUUGUCUCUGCUGUCAGCUUGUCUUUCUGUCUCUGACAGUGGCUUGACUCUCCUGUAAGCCUGUGUGUUAGCACUCCUGGAGACCAGCUUUCUCCUAGCAGGAUGUGGGUACAAAGAGCUGUGUCACAAGGUCAGUUCUGCGCUAGGCAUCCUGUCCCAGACUGCUCCUAGGUUCCUGUGUCCUGAGGGCUCCAGGUGGGUUCCUUCUUUGAAAGAAAUGUGAGCAGAAGUAUAGUCUCCCCUGAGCUCUCAGGUUUGUCCAUACUUCUGAGAGUCCAGCUCUCUGCCCCAUGGUGUUAGGGUACAGAGAGCUGUUAGGACUAGGUCAGCUCUGGGCCCAGCCAAUUUUAUAAAUGUUGCUAAGGUUAAACAGAUCUACUGUGAGAUUUUGCAGUUCCUUUUCUGGGUACAUCCCCAAAGGAAUUGAGCACAUACACUUCUGCCAGUGUUGUUGACAACUAGCCAUUAGCAACCACUGUGUUCAUAGAUGGAUUGAUGGAUGAACAAAGUGUCACACACAGAAGAUACUGUGAGGGAUGGGAAGAAGGGUACACUGAUAUCUCCUGGAGCAGGUGGGCUGGAAAACAUGACAGUAAGUGAUAUAAGCCAGAUGCAGGCCACACACUGAGAUCCACCUGUGAAAUGAGUGCCUUUGUUACACACACCCCAGCCCACUAAGCUGAACAUUUCCUAUCUGUACAGUGAAUGGCUUAUGGCUGAUUGCUCAGUAAAAACCAGCUGUCGCUUUUCUAAUUUGUCAUUGCAGUUUUACAAUCCAGUCAUUCAGUCUGGAUACAUCCUUUGGACAUGCAGAUCACUGUGGUCUGGAUAUCAGAUAUGGAUUUUAUCCUCUGGGAUUCACUUCACAACUCUUUAUUUUUUAAAAGGAGAAACUUACUUUUUUACAAGUGGAGCUUGUGGAAAAUUAUCAGAGUUGGGCCCUUUGAUUAAAUACUGGUGGUCUUAUCCGAGAAAGGUCUCACAUGCGUGUGUGAUCAUUCUGUGAUGCUCAGCACUGCUGAGGGCUCUGCUACCAAAGACCAGUGGUAAGUACAGGCCCUCUGGUUAGACCAUGACAGGGAGCCAAACAGACGUCUAGUAACUUACCUAGCUUGCCUGUUGUGCUACUAGCAAUGGAAAAGAUUCAAGCCAGUGUAGUUAAAUUUAAUCCCAGCACUUGUGCAGCAGAGGUAAGCAGAUCUCCUAGUUCUAGGCCAGCUUGUUUUACAGGACAGCCAGGGGUAUACAGAGAGACCCUGCCUUGAAAAACCCAACUUUGAAAGACUUGGUUGUGUUCAAUCUAAUGUGCAGAUAACCUAGCAGGGCAUCCACUCUGAGUUCUUUGCAUCCCUCCACACCAGAUGCUUGCACACAUGGAAUGACCUAACUGCUUGUUUUGGAAGUUCUUGGAGUACUUGAGAUUUACUCCUCUUAAGACAUGAUAACCAACUUUAUUAUUUUGAACUAACUUUAUUCUUUCUCUGUCCUUUUUUUUUUUCAAAUUAAAAAGUAGAGGUAAAAUAUACUUAACAUAAAAUCUGCCAUCUUAACCAUUUUAAGCACAUAGUUCAGUGUAAAGGCAUCUCGAAUGCUGCACAACUGUCCUCAGUGACACCCACACCACAACUCACUAAGCAGCAGCUCUGCAUCCCCUCACGCCUAGCUCCUGGCAGCUAAAGGUUCAUUAUGAUACAUUAAAAUUAAUUAACCUUGGGGGGACUGUUUACUCAGGAAGCAUUUAUUUACAUCUAUUUCAUGGUAAAGGUUAUCAAAGACAUAGUGAAAACUUAAAAUAGGUGUGUGCUUUAGACAAUGAUAAGUUAGCAUGAUAGUACACACUUGGCAUCCCACCAUGUAGGAGGGUGAGGCAGGAGGAUCACUAGUUCUAGCCAACACCCCGGGGCUAUCAAGGCCCCCAACUAACUAAAUGAAAUAAAAAAAUUUAAGGCUGUUAGUACAUGUCAAAUAAUGGAUAGGAAUUGGCAUUGGGCUGAUGGUGUCGUACAUGUAACUUGCAUACACGUUUUAAUAAUGACAGUUGUGAGACACGAAAAUAGGCUAAGCCAACGCAAGAAGCCAACUCCAGUAUCUUGAACAAUUUAACACAUAUUUAUAAAUAUAUCACUUUUUUUGUUGUAGAACAGAGAAACUUUUCAGCAAAGCACGCUAAUUCAUUUGGCUUCCUCUUUGGUAAAAACAUAUUGUUUCGUUUACCAUCAUAUUCAGAAAAAAAAUUCCACUCUUCCUAGUUGGCAUUGGCAUUAUAAUAUGUUGAUAACAAGCAAAAAACAACAACAACAAAAAAACAAGAAAAAAGUAAAAAAAAAUGUUUUUAGAUCUUUCAGAGAAAUGAGGCCAUGGUGGCCAAACUUAGAAAAUUGAGAUAGACAGGUAAAAAAGUCUAAGCCUUCCUAGAGCUGAAGUCAUGAGCAGGACUCUGGGUGGAGACAAAAGCCAGGGUAGGACUGCCAGUCUGCCGGACUGCCGGACUGCCGGACUGCCAGACUGGGCAACUAGGAGUGUGAAAACUCCAGGGGAACCCAGAAAAUGCCUUCCUGAGUCUGAGUUUUGUCUCAACCAGGCUGUCACACUGAGUAUCAGAGAGAAAUUCUCUGUACUUAGGGCAGAGCAGGACAGAAGGAAAGAGAAGUUAUCAAAUGUGCCAGGUGCUCCAUUCUUUUAUUAUUAUUAAUAAUUUAUUAUCUCAUAUAUUACAUCUCAUAUAUUGCAGUUUCCCCUCUAUCCCCCACUUCCCUUGUCCCCUGCCACUUCUUCCUCUGUCUUCAGAAUUUAAGCUCCUCCAUGUGAGCCUUACCAGCUGUGUUUUACCAGAGAUUAGCCAAUCUGGAGGAAGGGAAUUGGCUGCUUCAUUUCAUUCUUAUAACUUGUGUCAUGUGAGGGGAGUGGGGGACUGAAGUGCUGGUGGCACUGACAGUCCAGUGACACAGACUUAUGGGACUGAGCGUGCUCCCUUCUCUGCCCUCAGCUCCAUGAAAAAGGCUGUCAACCAUAGCUCCAUUUGCUCAGUACACUAUGCCCAGUUUUCAGGAAAAACAAAAACCCAUAAAACUUAACAAAAGGCAGAAGUAUAGUUUGGAGAGACUAAGCAAAAAUCAGAACCAGAACCAAUGUAGCAAGAAUAUUGAAUAAUAAUCAGACGGGGCAUUGUUACAAAUCACAGUUAAAAUGCUGAGGGGAAAAUGUAUGCAGCACAUAGUAAUGAGUGGAUGAUGUAAGCAGAGACACAAGUUCUAAGAAAGACAAAAAUUGCUUAUACAGACAAGCAAUGUAAGAGAAAUGCAGAAUCCCUCUGAAGAGUUCAUCAGUACAGUGGGCAGGGCAGAGGAAAUAACCUCUGAGCUUCAGGCUAUGGGAGAUUUCUAAACUGAAAAGCAUAUGAAAAAGAUGGGACUAGUAGCUUUAAAAUAGAGCAUUUAGGAGCAUGGGCACCUCCAGGAAGUGUAGUCCAUGUGAGAAGGUAAUAUAGGAAAGAGAAUGAACUUGAAAUCAUAUUUGAGACAACACUUCCUAAAGAAUUUUCCCAAAUGGUACACACUGAAGUACAAGAGGGGAUGUGCUGCAAGACCCACACCAAGGAAUGAAGCUUUAAACACUAAAUCAAAGUGUCUUGAAAGAAGCCAUGCAGGAAAUACCUGGGUAAGAUCAAGAUGCAAGGUUAAUGCAUAAAAAUUAUUCAUGUACCAGCAAUGAACAAGUGUAAUUUAAUAUAAAAACAUAUUGUUGUUAAUAUUAAUAUGCCAAAAUUGAAAUGUUUGGAUAGAAAUUUAACAGUAUCUGGGCAUGGAGUGCACACCUUUUAUUCCAGACCUUGGGAGCCAGAGGCAGAUGGUUCUGAGUUUGAGGUGAACCUGAUCCACAAAGUGAGUUACAGGAUAGCCAGGGGUACACUGUCUCAAAAAAAUCAAAAAGGGGGGAAAAAGAAAGAAAAACCAAAGAAUAUUAACAAUAUAUGUUCAGACUAAAGACUACAAAAUUCUAAUAUUAGAUAAUUAAUGAAAAGAUAUGGCUAGGAAGGCUAGUGUCAAGAUGUCCCUCCUUCCAAGAUUGAUUUGUAGAUUUAAUGCAACAUCAGUUAAAACCUGAGUCAGUUAUUACAUGGAUAUCAACAAACUGAUUCUGAAAUUUAUGUGGAAAGGCAAAAGACCCAGAAGAACAAAGUAAAAAAGAGAGAACAAAAGAUAGUUACCAACUAGAAUCUUAGUAUGAAAACUUUGCAAUAAAUGAGAUGGAGCAAAAGAACUGACAAUGGACUAGAGUAGAGAGCCAAAGAACAGACCUCAGCACCUGCCAAGAAGUCGAGGCUAUGCCGGAACAGAUGAACCUCUGAUUGUAAAAGUGAAUUCAAAUGAUAUUAACUAAAAGUAAUUGAAUAUGGAUCAUAGAUCUCAAUCCUAAAUGCAGAACUACUAAAGAUCACAAAACCUCUGUGUUCCUUCUCUGUUGAUAGGUACUGUCAGUGAGAGAGAAUUGAUAAGUAGAACUUGGUUAAAAUGUCAAAGGUUUUCUUUGACUGACAUACAGAGAAUAAGAACAUAAUACUACAGACUCAGAUAAAAUGUUUCCAAAAGAUGCCUUUGAUGACUUUUAAUCACAUACCCAAAGGGGCUGGGCAGGUAGCCUUGUCAUAAGUUGUAGCUGGUCUUUGCUACUUUGUGGUUCUUUUUCCCAUCCUUUCCACCCCUCUCCCCGCCCCAUUUCACCCUCUCUCACUAGGUAGGAGAGAAAGAAGGAGAGAGGGGGAAGAGAGAAAUAGAGAUCCCUGAAUAUAAAUUCUUUCCUUUUGUUUCUUCUUUGAAUACAACUAGUAACAAACCUCAGCCAACCCCAUGUCUCUGGAUUCUAGCAUUAUAUACCUUCUGAAAAGUUCCCAGAAUUCCACAUGUCACACAAUCGCAGAAACUCUCUGCAGCUGGCAAACAAUGCUUCUGCUAAAGCACAAGGCAAAUGAUGGUCAGCGGCCGCAGACAGUCCGAAGCAGCUCCAUAUCCCCACGCCUGGAAUUAAGACGAACGCACAUUUUUAUAAUAUUUCUGUGGUUUUAAAGCAACAAAAAUUCCACAAUUGUCACUACAAUAAGUAAAGUGCUUCAGAAUAUGAGUUUCAUUCCCAGAACCCAGCUGUAGUAGCAUUCUGGGGAGGUGGAAACAGGUGGUCUCUGGGCUUAGUGGCCAGCCAGCCUAACCUUGGGUAAGUUCCAAGUCAGUGAGAGACGACUUCUCAAAAAAGAUGAUUAAUGCUCCUGAGGAGUGGUACCAAGGAUGUUCUUCAGCUUUCAUAUGCGCGCACACACACACACACACACACACACACACACGCAGGCAUGCAUCUGUACCCCUCAGAUGCAACAAUACAAAAAUGAAAGUCAACAAUAAAAAAACCUAGUUAAGAAGUACGCAAGGAGUUUUCCCUGGAUGGACACUGACUAAAGCAGACAGGAAAGGUGACAGACAUGAAACAUGGACAUAUGUUUAACAAAUGCUAUUAGGGAAUAGCAAGCCAAAACAUCAUCACUGAGUGUCUGUUGUCUACCUCACAGUCCUGGAGCUUUUGUGCCAUGCUGGGAAGAGUGCAUGAUGGCUCAGCUGCUUUGGAGGGCAAUCUAGCAGAGCUUCGACUUUUUACCAAACUGAAAACACUCUCACUAUAAAAUUCAAUCUUCAUACCCCUUGCUGUUUGCCCAAAUGAGCCAAACAUUUUAUCGGUGCACAAAGCUGCAUGUAGAAUUUUAUAGAUGUUUUAUCCAUAGUAGAUGAAACUUGUGUGCAACCAUGGUAGCCUUUAGUAGAUAAGUGGGUAGAAAAACUUGCAUAUAGCCACUGGAAUAGUAUUUAGUGUUGGCAGAAGCUAUCAAGCUAUGAAAAGAAGCCUGUGUGAUUUCAACUUCAUGUCAUUCUGGAAAAGGUGAAUUGUGGGACCACUGUUCCAGAGGUUAGUGGAAGAGGCAGCAAGAAUAGCUGAGACAUGGAGAACUUAAGGCAGUAAAAUUAUAGUGUGUGAUGUCACAAUUGUGUUUGCUUGUCAUUGAACAUAUGCCAAGACCUGUAGAGUGCAUAAAACCUUGAACUGUGGACUUAGUUUGGCAGUGAUGUCAGUAUCAGUUCACCAGUUCUAGCAAGUCUCACCAUCCUGGUGAGGUGCUGACGGCAGUAGUGCCUGAGGGACAAGCGGUGUAUGGAAAUUCUGUUAUCAACCUAAAACUUCAUCAAAAGUAUUUUACAUUUUUUUCUGGCCUGAGUAUAGAAGUAUUUACAAAAAAAAGUAACUAUAAAGAAACAAAUGCCUAGAUUUCUGCAUCAUUUUAUUUAAUGCCUAUUAAAGGGCAAAGAGGAAGUAUUUUGUGAAUAAAAGUACAUAAAAAACCUCUGACGCUGCACAGUGGUAUGUGGCUAUAAGCCCAGGACACUAAGGGGAUGGAAGUAGGAGGACCAGAAGUUUAAGGUCCUACUUGGCUACACAGUGAGUGCAAGGCCACCCUGGGUAAGACUCUGUUCUCCAGAACCAAAAUCAGAAUUAAUAUGUAAACAAGAGAAUGGUGUGAAUAUAUAGUCAUAAAGUAAAAUCACUAAUCAACAAGGACAUUUCUUACAUAUGUAAGUUACAGUGAAAACCAUGGAAACCAUGCGACAUUUAAAAGUUUUUAUGUAAUAUCUGGAAUAAAUAUUUGAGUAUUUAUUUUAUGUAACAAAACCCUCACAUACCAGAAGUAAGUGAGCGCACAUUUGCUGCGGAUGCUAGCUGGAGUCCUGUGUCAUUCCCCUGCCCUGCACCCAUGCUGUCCUCACUGUGUGCUUCUCCCUUGUUACAGCAUGGUCUCCGUUCAUACGCAUUCAUGAUGCCUUAUUUAAUUUUGUUUUUAUUAAUUUUUCCUGGCUCGCUGUGUUCUUUUUUUAUAAUGCUGUGGUGAGACUAGUGUACACCUAGAGACUGGGAAUUGUGGCAAAUGCAGAUGUCCGAGGACACAACGGCAGCAUCGGCUGGGGGCUUAGGGGGCUUAGGGAACUUACUUGAAGGCUUCUGCUUACUGUUUUAAGCUUCAGGCCUCUGGAAGAUUGUUCCCACGCAACUUUUACUGAGAGGAGUAUAUUACAUUCCUCAUAUGUGUUGGAGCAAAUAAAAGGUUAAAGAUUAUCAGUGAUUUCUGCACAUUUUCUGACCUUUCUCUUUAAAAUGAAGCCUUUCUCUGGGGUCUUAUAACAUAGCUGGAAAAUCUGAAUUUAAUAUUUUAUAUGGAAAGGUUAGCAUGCUUGAAACUCUGCUGGGUACCUAGAAAAACAUUAGACGUAAAAGUUAAUGAGGCAAACCCUUUCUUAGUUAAAUAAUUUUUAUUCAUUCUUUUGAAUUCAUUUUGCUCUUACCAUAUCAGCACAGACCUUGAGUGGGACCAGCUUUUAUAUAGGGCCCAAGAGACCUCCUAGGAUGUUUGCUUUUUGUUGACCGAUGCCCAACUGUCAUUCUUUCCUUGGAUCAAGUCAUGUUGUUAAUAGUUCUUACUGGAUUAGAGGUUUGUUCUUUUCUGCCUGUUGCUGUUUGCCCACAGUACAAGAGAGUGGCUAGUAUAUAAGUAGGGCACAGAGAGUGAAUGUGAAAUGAGUGAGUGCAGAUCUCCUGAGAAAGGGCAGCUGAGGGAUGGGUCACAGUUCAGCAGUAGAGCACUUGCUGAGGAUCCAUGAGGUUCUGGGCUUAAGCCCAGCACUGUAUUAGCUUUUGAGAUUUCUCUUUACCCAGAAAUAAUUGAAUAGUUGUACUUAAGUGAAAUACUGUCUUAAUAGGCACUUAAUAGGCUCUCGUUUUGGCACUUUCAAGAUGUGCCACGUACUCUGCUGGCAGUGUUCCACUUUGACUCCCAUAAGCAGUGACUGCCUCCAGGUCUGGUGUGAUGUGAGUGACAGCUUGUCUGCUGUUUGUCACGGGGUUCACAUAGCUCUUGGAAGGCCCUGAUUCAUUUUUGCAUCUGCUUUCCUGAGAUGAAGGCUGCUUCAGUCUUUGGUCUUGCUUUUAAUACUUUACAGGAAAGUAUGGUGCCCCUAUGAAUUUCUGCUACUUAGUUCCCAUUAGUGCAUGAUUGUUACAAAAUAAUCAGUAUUCUCAAAAGUUACCUUCUUUGUUAAUUUUUCUGUAGAUAUGAAUAAGUUAUUUUUGAUAAUUUAUUGAGACAGUGUCCCUCUAGGUUGCCUGGGCUUGUGGUGCUCCUCCCACUUUAGCCUCUAGAAGCUGGUAUUGAUUCCACGACUGCACUGCCAGAUCCACUUAUACCAUAUAUUUUAAAAUGAAUUGCAUGUUAACUAUUAUUAUCCUCUUAUUAUAUAGAAUAUAAUGUUCAUCCUGAUUUUACCAAAAUACCCCCUUAAUUUAAUCUGAUACUGUUUCACACUUAUUCCUCCCUCCUUCCUUUGUGUUAUAGCCUACACACACACACACACACACACACACACACACACACACAUAUAUCUGCCUAAAUUUUACCCAUGCUAGAAGCAGUAUGAUCCUUUUCUGAAUUCUCACAAGAAGUUCAGGACCAUUUGUGUGGUUGUUCUCUAUGAUCUUGUACUGUCCAUGUUAGAUUCCCUGUCAGUUCUGUUUUCCAGCCAGGAUUGCCGUUCUGUACAUUUCAAAUGUCUCCUGGCUAGCAAGCUAUAUGAACGAGGCAGGUACUGUUGUUGAAUGCUGUAUGCAGCUCAGGCAGCUGGGCUUGUGCGUCUGUGUCUAAAGGGCAGCAGGACUGGGUGGCGCUGUGCUGUUGUAUCUCACUGAGACUCCUGCAGUUUCUUCCCAUGGCAUCCUUGUGCUAUUCUCAAGCUGGCACUCCUGAGCAAACACUGAGACUGAGGUGUCUGCUCUCCAAGUAGAAGCAUGCUAAAGAAGUAAACAGGUCAUGGCACGUUUAACAAAAAGACGACAGGCGGACACAAAAGCUAUCCAGCAUCUUUGGGCAGCCAUUGAAAUUAUCAGGAAUCAGAAGCAGAUUGCCAACAUUGAUCGUAUUACAAAGUAUAUGUCCCGGGUCCACGGCAUGCAUCCCAAAGAGACCACGCGGCAGCUGAGCUUAGCUGUGAAAGAUGGUCUCAUUGUGGAAACUCUAACAGUGGGCUGCAAAGGUUCAAAAGCUGGCAUUGAACAGGAAGGAUAUUGGUUACCAGGAGAUGAGAUUGACUGGGAAACAGAAACUCAUGACUGGUAUUGUUUUGAAUGCCAUUUGCCUGGAGAGGUGUUGAUAUGUGACCUGUGUUUUCGUGUGUAUCAUUCCAAGUGUUUGUCUGAUGAGUUCAGGCUUAGAGACAGCAGUAGUCACUGGCAGUGCCCAGUUUGCAGGAGCAUUAAGAAGAAGCAUUCUAACAAGCAGGAGAUGGGCACCUACCUGAGGUUCAUCGUCUCCCGCAUGAAGGAGCGGGCUAUAGACCUUAAUAAAAAAGGAAAGGACAGUAAGCACCCGAUGUACCGGAGACUGGUCCACUCAGCUGUGGACGUCCCUACCAUACAAGAGAAGGUGAAUGAGGGGAAGUACCGGAGUUAUGAGGAGUUCAAGGCUGACGCACAGCUGCUUCUCCACAACACAGUGAUCUUCUAUGGAGCAGACAGUGAGCAAGCGGACAUUGCAAGGAUGCUCUAUAAAGACACGUGUCAUGAGCUGGACGAGCUGCAGCUUUGCAAGAACUGCUUCUACCUGUCAAACGCACGGCCCGACAACUGGUUCUGCUACCCUUGCAUACCUAAUCAUGAGCUGGUUUGGGCUAAAAUGAAAGGUUUUGGGUUUUGGCCAGCCAAAGUCAUGCAGAAAGAAGACAAUCAAGUUGAUGUUCGCUUCUUUGGCCAUCACCACCAGAGGGCCUGGAUUCCUUCUGAAAACAUUCAGGACAUCACAGUCAAUGUUCACCGACUGCAUGUGAAGCGCAGCAUGGGCUGGAAAAAGGCCUGUGAUGAGCUGGAGCUGCAUCAGCGGUUCCUCCGUGAAGGGAGGUUCUGGAAGUCUAAGAAUGAGGACCGAGGUGAGGAAGAGGCAGAAUCCAGUAUCUCCUCCACCAGUAAUGAACAGCUGAAGGCCACUCAAGAGCCAAGAGCAAAGAAAGGACGACGUAAUCAGAGUGUGGAGCCCAAAAAGGAAGUAAGUUGCCCGCCUCACAGUGUCCAGGUGGCAGUCGAAAGAGGAAAGAGUCUCAAAGUACGCUCAAGACAGUCAAGUAAUAUCCGUCAAGUUAAGGCCCAGUCUCCCGACUCCUGUCGUUGUGGACUGCUGCUCGACCAGCACGCGAGUGCACAGUCUCCAUCCCCAGAACCAGAGCCAGAAACGGAAGCAGUAAGUUCCAGCCAGGAAAUCCCCACAAUGCCUCAGCCAAUUGAGAGGGUGUCAGUGUCAACCCAGACCAAGAAGUUAAGUGCCUCUUCCCCAAGAAUGCUGCACCGAAGCACUCAGACGGCGAGCGAUGGCGUCUGUCAGAGCAUGUGCCACGACAAGUACACCAAAAUUUUUAAUGACUUUAAAGACAGGAUGAAGUCGGACCACAAGCGUGAAACAGAGAGAGUGGUGCGGGAAGCGCUGGAAAAGUUGCGUUCUGAAAUGGAAGAAGAAAAAAGACAAGCUGUAAAUAAAGCUGUAGCCAACAUGCAGGGUGAGAUGGACAGAAAGUGUAAGCAGGUGAAGGAAAAGUGCAAGGAAGAAUUUGUAGAGGAGAUCAAGAAGCUAGCGGCCCAGCACAAGCAGCUCAUUUCUCAGACCAAGAAGAAGCAGUGGUGCUACAACUGUGAGGAGGAGGCCAUGUACCACUGCUGCUGGAACACGUCCUACUGCUCCAUCAAGUGCCAGCAGGAGCACUGGCACGCAGAGCACAAGCGCACCUGCCGCCGGAAGAGAUGAGCCUGCCUGCCACCCUCACACACAGCGGUUUUUGUUCCCAAGAAGCCAAAAUUGUUUAGAAUUUGCUUCCCAUUUUGCACCAGCCUUUAAACACUUUUCGUGGUGAAAUUUUGCACAGUAGUUUAAAUCUUUUGUUAAUGCUCCUCCGGCAUUUUUCGGGGGCUGAAGUAACAUCAAUGGAGGGUAUUACUCUAAAUAAAUCUAAUUGAGGAUUUGUUGCAUUUUCAGCAAAUUUUAAAAACAUUUUUAGGUUUUACAGAAAUUUUAACCUUUAAACAACAGAUCUUAAAAAAAAAACACCGACAGGUGAAUACGAGUGAGUCUAACAGAGACGGAACAGAGCUGAAUGUAAGAGCAGCAGAUGCUUCAGAAGAACAGACUACCUGGCCGUGACCUGGCCGUGACCUCGCUGAGCUGGUGUUGUGCAGCUGGCUCACGCUCACAGGCCUUGCCUGUGGCUGUGCUGGCGGCCUGUGAUUGAAUAUAGGGAACAGGGUUGACACAGCAGGGCUAGCCCUGCAUAUUUUUUCUUAAAUAUUUCCCAAUUGUGUUUUCAUUAUUUCUUUUCAAUAUAUAACUUUUAUAACAAAUUAUUAGCUUUGAUCUUGUAGUUUAAAAUUGCAGGGAAACUGGGGUAAUCUUUUACUGAGCUGGAUCUUAGAGAAAAAUGAAUAUUUAAAUUUUAAAGUUUGCACAUUUCAUCUUUGUCCCGAGUGCUUGUAACAAAAUCAGCAGCAAAAACAAACAUCAAAAGCCAAAAACUACCUGUACUCAGAACACGGAAUUACAGCUGAGGCAUACAAGUUUAUAACUGAGUCCCCUCCCUCCCCGGUGCCACCCUAACCCAGCCCUGUGUCUCCUCAGAGGAGAGAGCACUUGCGGGUCACAGAAGCCGUUGUGUUGUAGGGAGGGUCAUUGCUACUAACGAACUCCAUCACUGUACACAGUGAGAAUGCAUGCUACUUUCCUUGUAUUAAAGAUACCGUGAUUUGUAUAAAGUCUGUAUUCUGCGGGGUGUCUGGUUAAGAAGCAUUACUGGUAGGAAUGGAUCGAUAGUUGAAUAACAUUUUUUUAUACAUAGAUAUAUAAAAGACAACCAGGAAAAUUAAAAUUCUUUAAAACUAUCUCACCAAUUGUUUUUGUUCUCCUCCAAGACCCACCACAGACCAAGCCAAAUUCCCACUUUACUCUUUAGUUAUUUUUGAGGUUAGAGAAAUAAUUUGUAAAUAUUUAUUUAGACCUUUGAUAUUUAUUAAAGCAAUUACUCACAACAGAAGUGAAGGAGUCAGGAGAAAAGCCUUUAAGACAGUUUUCUCCGGUCCAUCAGGGUCACUCUAAAGAUGAAAGGAAGGAGCGUCUGUGAGACCUCCUCCACCGGUGCCCAUGCUAUUGCAGACGGUGUAACUACUGCCACACGGGCUCGCUCUUUUGUACAACCCACCCAUGGCCCAUGAGCUCCCGCCAGGUUUUCCGGCAACUGCAAUAGCUCGGCACCACCGCCCCCUCCUCGCUGCCGUUCCCAUCCCUGCUGCUGCGCUGCCUGAACAAGGACACUUGACAGUCUUUGGUUGUUUCCAGGUUGUCAGACGUCGAUCCACCCCUGUGAGAGCAAGUCAUUGUGGGAAUAUUUUGGUGUGAAAUCAUUCCAGAGUAUGUACUAUUUACCUGAUAGCUGCAUGAAAGUGAGGUUCCUGUUACUUUGGCUUCUUGUCUCUGUCGACACGGCUGCACAUUUCCAAGUUACUACAGUGUGAAAACUGUGUGUUAAAAAAAAAACAAAAUUAAAAAAAGAGAUUGUGGCCUGGUUUUGUAAAAGUUUUAGGUAAAAUUACAAUUGAUUGUUUUAGGAAUCAUUAAAAUUUUCUGCAAUCAUAAAGCUAUAUCAAGGUGUUGAGUUUAGCCACUCUGCACAUUGUAAGUACCCAUCGUGGCUGUCCAGUUCUAUGAUGCGUUCUGGCAUUUUGUAAGCUGCUCUGACUAGCAAUAUAUAGAUUUCAUUUACUGUGUUAACAUUGGUUAAUAAAUGUAUUUAAAAAACCCAA